AUGAUUAUAAAAUCUGAAAAUUUAAUUCUAGCUUUCAAUGGUGAUGACAAUCAAUGCUUAUGUAUAAUGCCCGGAAAAUUAAAUACAGAUUCUGAUGGUGCACUUUAUUUAACAAUUUUACCAAAUAAUAGAUGUGAUCAUUAUUGUGAUAAUACAUUGGACGAUUCCAAAGUUAAACAUAACUUUAAAUGUGGUUCAUUAACAGAUUCACAUAUAUGGGCUAUAUAUGGUUUAAAUGAUUUAUGUUUGAGGGGAUCCAUUUAUGUAAAAGAAUCAAAAAGAUGUAUGUUUGCGUUUAAAGGAUUUUCUAGUUCAUGCCCAUCACCAUCAAUGAAAUAUGUUUUUGAUCGAAAGGUUACCUGGAAUGUCUUUCUAAAAAUUAUUGAAAAAUUAAACUUAACUAAAUCUAUUGUUUCAAUUGAUUUUGAUAACGAUGUUACUAUUGAUCCUUCAUGGAAAUGCCCAACAACAAUAACUACUACCAAUAUACGAAAUUCAAAUCUUUCUAAUACAAAUUAUUUUAAUAGGAAUUUUAGUACAUCUUAUGUACUAGAUAACGGUUGUUUACGUGUACAUUCCAAUUCCUUGUAUUUACAUAUAUUAUCAAAUCAUUUAUGCAUAAUAAAUCCUAUGAAUGAAAAUUCAUUAUUAUAUGGUAGUGGAAUUCAUUCAAUUUAUGUAUCAAAUUCUAAUUCAAUGGAAACUAUUUGUCCACCACAUUGGUUUGAUAUAAACACACAUUGUUAUCGGAUAUCGGACGACCGUAAAACAAUUCAAGAAGCAAGAAAUACUUGUAUUAGUUUGUCAGAAGCCCAGGAAAAGAAUAAUAAAGAAGAAAUUAUAGCAAAUGAUGAUGAUGAUGAUGAUGAUAUGAAGAAAGAAACGAUUAAUAAAUACAAUAAUUUAAAAAAUGAUAUCCUUAAAGGUGAAAUCGCUCAGUAUACAUCACAAUGGCAAGUUCGUCUUGGCUUCUUUCUUCUAGACACAAAUGUAUCAAAUGUUGAAUCAAAACCUUCACCAUUUCGCCCAUAUGUUGAACCAUUGUCAUCAUUAGUGUUCAAUGUUGAUAUCAAUCUCUCAUCUAUAAAUGAAUUUCAAAUGAUUAAUCCAAAUGAAGAUAAUAAUUCAAGCAUAAAAGAUGAUUCAUGUUUAGUUCUGACACGUUCAGUGAUUGACGAAAAAAGAAGUUCUAUUUUAAACAAUACUCAAAUCAAUAAUUGUUCAAAACCAAGACAUGUUUUAUGUAGAACAAUGACAGUGCUUGGUUUUAAUUCUCAACAAAGCUGUUAUAGUAAACCAUUAACACUUGGUUUACCAGCAAUGAUAUCAAAUCAUUUAACAUAUGAAUUAUGUUUAUCUGUUUGUAGAAAAUUAGAAACAAAUUUAGCUGUUAUAAAUAUAAAUAAAUGUUAUUGUUUCAAUGCUGCUGUUUCACAGAUGUUUGAUAUUCAAGGAAAUCAUGCAAAAUAUAAAACAAAAGAAUGUGGAAAUCCUUGUCCGGGUAAUCAACAUGAACGCUGUGGUAAUACAGAUAAGGUCGUUGUUUUACAUAUACGUAAAGAUCUAAUUUCGUCCACAUAUUUUCAAACUCAUAAACGAGCUAAACCAUAUCCUGAUUUCUUUUAUGAUAGUUGUAUACAUUUAAAUUCUGUCAAUCAAUCGUCAAUAUAUCAAUUCAAUUUAAACCAUAAAAAUGAUGUUCAUCCACGUCAUUGUCUAGAAUUAUGUAAAAACUAUAAGCAACAAUAUGCUCUUCUUAACUCAAAUAAAUGUUUAUGUACGAAUAUCCUAACGAGAAAAAAACAAUAUAAUAUGUUAAUACCUUCAGAUUAUAAUUGUACUCAAGAAUGUCAAGGUAAUUACUUUUAUACAUGUGGAAAUACAAGCGAUUCAAUGAUAUAUUCGAUGUAUGUCAUGCAACCAAAAUGUCCUCCUCAUUUUCAAGUUACUGAAGAUGAACAACGAUGUGUACAUACUGAUUUUUCAGCACAGAAAAAUUCUUUAUCAAUUGCACAAUCUUAUUGUAAAUCUGUUGGUGGUAUGCUUGCAAAAAUAAAUGAUAUUUUAGAAAUUCAAGAUAUAGUAACCCUAUCAACACUAAAUGUACGUUAUUUUGGUGGAGUUUCCAUUUCUUAUUCUCCAAGUAUACUUAACGAUACAAGAUUUUUUUGGAUUGAUCGUACAUCGGAUAUCAUGAAUAACAAUCAAACAACAGAUCGUUCUAUUGGAAAAUGUUUUCAAACAUCAAAAUCAAUUGAUCGAAAUUGUAUUGUUCUUCGUCGCGAAAAAAUUUUCAUGAAUAAUAUAUUGACUUAUGAACGGUGUUUUACUGAAUCAGAUCAAUGUUCAUCAAUAUCUGCUAUGCCAGUUUGUGUUGAUAAACAUCUAGAAUUUAAUUCAACCGCAAUUCCUCCAAUAAUAGAUAACGAUUCAUCAAGCAUUUUAGUUAAUAUAUCAACAGAUUAUUCAUGUGGUGAUGAUACAGAUUAUCAUCUUAUGAAUGACUAUUGUUAUAAAGUAUCCUAUCACGAAACUACUUGGAAUGAUGCAAAAACUGGAUGUGAACGUGAUAAUGCUAUGUUAUUUCAACCUCGAAAAUUAACGACACUGUCCUUGAUAAAAUCCUUAUUUUUACGUCGGCAUAGUUACACAUCAUCUGGUAUUGUACAUAUUGGUAUUUUUUAUGAUAAUCGAAAUCGUACUGCUACGCGAUAUAAGACAACUGGAGGAAGUGCUUUACCAAGUGAACUAGAUUCCAUUGAUCUUCAUUCGUUAUGUAAAAUAGAAUUUCAUCAACAUUAUGAAAGGCUCAUACCAUCACCAGUCUUAUCACUGAACGAGAAAAAUCGUCCAAAAACUCAGCAGAUUCGUUGCGCAUACGUUGAUUUUCGAUCUGACUACGGACCAUUAAUUGCAUGUAAUGAAAUAUCUUGUAACCGACUAGCAACUGCAAUAUGUCAAAAAUCACCAAUUGUAAAAAUACGUGCUGUCGCUGCAAAACGGUUAGUUUAUCAAUACGAUGCUUGCGGAGUAUAA